AUGGGGCACCACUGCUGCAGCAAGCAGAAGGUCAAGCGGGGGCUCUGGUCGCCGGAGGAGGACGAGAAGCUCCUCAGGUACAUCACGGCCAACGGACACAGCUGCUGGAGCGCCGUCCCCAAGAACGCCGGGCUGCAGCGGUGCGGCAAGAGCUGCCGGCUCCGCUGGAUCAACUACCUCCGCCCUGACCUCAAGCGCGGCACCUUCACGGAGCAGGAGGAGCGCACCAUCCUCGACGUCCACCGCAUCCUCGGCAACAGGUGGGCACAGAUCGCCAAGCACCUUCCGGGGCGCACGGACAACGAGGUCAAGAACUUCUGGAACUCCUGCAUCAAGAAGAAGCUCAUCGCGCAGGGCCUCGACCCCAAGACACACAACCUGCUCCCGGCAUCCAAGAACCUCCUCCAUGCCCAUGGCGGCAGCGGCAACACCAACAACCCUAGCAACAAUCAUGCCGCCUCCCAGUUUCACUCCUCCAACGGAAACGACACGCCUCCGUUCACCAUCAGCUCCCCGACCAAAGCGCCUGCCACGGUUGCGGUGCCGCCAUCCAUGGUGCCGCCGCCGGGAUUGUACGACGUCCCUAACCCUGGCAUGGCGAAUGGGCAGCAUGACGAGCACGCUCACCACCAUGCUGCAGUGGCGAUGCAGCAGGGCUACCCGUACAACGACCACACCAACAACGGUGCUUUGCUCAUGAGCUUUACGGAUCAGAACAGCGCCGGCGUCCACGCCUCCAUGGACUUCCUGAAUGGCUCCUCUAAUUCGUCUUCUUCCAUGGAGCACGCCGCCGGCAUGCCUAACGCUAGCAACGGCUUCAACCAGGGCAUGGGAAUGUCGGCAUUCAUGGACGAGACGGCAGCAAUGUGGGCAACCGUCGUUGAGCCUGAUGGAAUGGGCGGAGGGAUCGAAAUGUCGCAACAGCACCUGCAGCAGCAAGGGUUGGGACAGGAGGAGGUGGUUGGGCCGCCGGCGCCAAUGAUGAUGAACGGCGGUGCGGCAACUGCCAAGGGCGUGGAUAUUGUGGACGUCUCUUCAGCGAUGUACGGAUCCGCCGUUGCCACCACGGCCUUCGACCUGGAGCUGAUGGAGUCGUGCGGGAUGUUUUACAGCGGCGCCGGCCAUGGCAUCGGCAUAGACCAGCUCCAAUGGGAUUGCUAAGUCAGCUAGCUCGUUAUCCUCAGUUCCUCUCACCCCCUAAUUCGUUCGAUCAUUUCCAUGUUUUAAUUCGAGGCGUUCUAAAUUCCUUUUUUGAUGUGCACUUCCUGUCUUUUUGAUCCAGAAUUUGGUAUAUCGUACUUAUUUUCGAGCAAGAAAUGCAUGCUAAGCUAAAUUUCGAAUUUGACUCA